UUGGUGACAGCUAGCACAACACCCUGACUUCUCUCCUCCAGCUGCCUCCUUUCCUCUCAACCCUGACUUCAGAAAAAAAAAAAAAAAAAAAAAACCCUAGCCGCGCACAACACUCCUGCAGCUCCCCAUUCUCUCGGGGGCUCUCUCUCUUUCUCUCUCUCAGGCAAUCAGUCCAACCGAGAAGAAACAAGACAGAACAGCGGCACUGUUAUACACAUCUCCUCAACUUUCAAGCUCGGGCGCGGCCCCCCAACGGAAUUAUCGCUUUCCCUCAGCUCUAUUCCCCCCUCUUCACCGUUCGCUUUUCCUCCUGUAGGUACAGCUGCUCCCGUCCUUUUUGUGGCUGCGAUGGUUCCAGGCAGUUCGAUCGGGAUUCGGUUCAUGGUCGGCUAAAAGACUUACGUGUUCCUCUUGAUGCUCACUUGGGGAGUUGACCAGUGGACUAUAUCAUUGGGUGGACUUUACCUGUACUAUAAGCAGUCAGAACCCACUAGAGAUUACUAUGGCGAUGUUCGAGUAGAGAUUAGCCUAAGCCACUUGGCCGAAAACUUCUCAUAGUCUUCCUCGGAGAAAGACACAAGUGUACACCCAUCAUGGGCGGUAGGACUGAACCGUACGCGGAGUAGUUGAUCCCAUAAUUGCAUAUGCUGUCUUGCUGACCUCAUCAAUUCAAUUAUUAAAUGAAAUUGGAAAAGCUUACUUCCCAGUCAGUUAGAUUGCGCAGAAGGAGGAGAGGGGAUCGUUUUCCUUUCUUUUUCCUCUCGAAUGGAUCAGAGAGGGAGUGAAUCGGUGGCACUGGAUGAGAUCUUGUCGGAGCUACGGCAGACUUUCCGGACCGGCAGGACGCGACCCGUUGCGUGGCGGAAGGCCCAGCUGAGGGCAAUCAUCGACCUCGUUCAGGACAAUGAAGAACGGAUCUUCACUGCCCUCCUCGAAGAUCUCGGGAAGCACCCCGUCGAGUCUUACCGCGACGAGGUGGGAGUGGUACUCAAAUCAGCAAAGCAAUCCCUAAGCUGCGUCGAGAAAUGGAUGGCCCCGAAAAAGGGCCAUCUGCCUCUGCUGUUCUUCCCGGCAAGCGGAGAAGUUCUGCCUGAACCGCUUGGGACAGUCCUCAUAUUUUCAUCCUGGAAUUUCCCCAUCUCUCUUGCAUUGGACCCGGUGAUAGGAGCAGUAGCUGCCGGGAACACGGUUGUCCUUAAACCUUCCGAGCUUGCUCCAGCUUGCUCGUCAUUUCUCGCCGAAACUCUUCCUCGGUACUUGGACAACAGGGCUGUAAAGGUUGUUACCGGUGGACCUAAUCUAGGCGAACAACUUCUGGAGCAAAAGUGGGACAAGAUAUUCUUCACUGGGAGUCCACAGGUCGGACGAAUAGUGAUGUCUGCAGCUGCAAGGCAUCUAACACCUGUGACGCUUGAGCUCGGAGGAAAGUGCCCGACCAUUGUCGAUACCCUGUCUAGUACCUCGGAGAUUAAGAUAACAGUAAAACGGAUAGCCGGCGGAAAAUGGGGCCCGUGCAGUGGGCAGGCAUGCAUCGGAAUCGACUAUUUGCUUGUUGAAAAGAAAUUCUGCACCAUGUUGGUCGAUUUGUUAAUGAAGACUAUCAGGAGAUUUUACGGUGAGGGGGCUAAAAACAUGAAAAAUAUGUGCAAGAUUAUCAACAAGCACCAGUUCGAGAGGCUGCAGAAUCUACUCAAGGACCCUGCAGUUGCUGCUUCAAUCGUCUACGGCGGCUCGGUGGAUGAAGAAAGACUGUUGAUCGAGCCGACUAUACUGUUAGAUCCUCCACUUGAUGCUGAGAUCAUGACCGAAGAGAUAUUUGGCCCGUUGCUUCCAAUUAUCACAUUGAAUAACAUUCAAGAAAGUAUCGAGUUCAUCAACGCUAGGCCAAAGCCGCUCGCCAUGUAUGUCUUCACAAAGGACGAGUCAUUCAAACAACAACUAUUACAAGAGACAUCAUCUGGGAGCGUAACAUUCAACGAUGUUAUGGUUCAGUUUAUAUGUGAUUCCCUGCCCUUUGGAGGGGUAGGACAGAGUGGAUUCGGGAGAUACCACGGGAAGUACUCGUUCGAUGCCUUCAGUCACGAGAAGGCAGUCAUGAGAAGAGGCUUCUUUCCCGAGAUUGAGCCGAGAUACCCUCCGUGGAAUGAUUUCAAGCUCAAGUUCAUUAGGCUGGCAUACAAUUUCGAUUACUUGGGUCUGCUGCUGCUGAUGCUGGGCUUGAAAAGAAAUUAGUCAUACAAUUUUCUCGACCAUAUAGAGAGAGAAAAAUAAUGUUUGUUAUCCUACACCUUCGAAGCACUUCAUCCUUGAAAUAAAUGUUAGAUAUUGGAGAAAAUAACAUAUUGGCUUAAUUUGGGAAAAGACAUAUGAAAUUGCGUUAUUUUUUUUCAAUUUUUUUAAAGAAAACAUGAGAAUCAUGUAAUUUUGUAUGACAUUUACCGUGUCGAUAAUAUAUGAAAUUUAGAGAAUCUUCUAACGA